UUGACACCGGCACACGGGGACUGUUUGAUCCUGCUUUCUUAUUUACCUGGAAAUAUGCUGCUCUCCAAGUUUGGUUCACUGGCUCACAUGUGUAACCCGACCAGCAUGGAUCAUCUGCCGGUGAAAAUCCUCCAGACAGUGAAGUCGGACAAGGAGCCUUUCGACAAGGUCUACCAGGUGGGCUCCGUGCUGGGCAGCGGCGGCUUCGGUACCGUCUACUCUGGCAGCAGGAUCGCAGAUGGAUUGCCGGUUGCUGUGAAACAUGUUUCUAAGGACAGAGUGACAGAUUGGGGAACCUUGAAUGGAGUCAUGGUGCCCUUGGAGAUCGUCCUGCUGAAAAAAGUCGGCUCUAGCUUCCGAGGCGUUAUUAAGCUGCUAGAUUGGUACGAGAGAGCAGAUGGCUUCCUCAUCGUCAUGGAGAGGCCGGAGCCGGUAAAGGACUUGUUUGAUUUCAUCACAGAGAAGGGGGCUCUGGAUGAGGACACAGCCCGGGGCUUCUUCCGCCAGGUGCUGGAGGCUGUACGACAUUGCUAUAGCUGUGGAGUGGUUCAUAGAGACAUCAAAGACGAGAACUUGCUAGUGGAUCUGAGGACUGGAGAACUCAGGCUCAUAGACUUUGGCUCUGGGGCGCUGCUGAAGGAUACAGUCUACACGGAUUUUGAUGGAACAAGAGUAUACAGUCCUCCAGAAUGGGUCCGAUACCACCGAUAUCACGGAAGAUCAGCAACUGUGUGGUCAUUGGGUGUUCUUCUUUAUGACAUGGUUUGCGGAGAUAUCCCUUUUGAGCAAGAUGAGGAAAUUUUAAGAGUCCGCUUAUUCUUCAGGAGAAGAGUUUCCCCAGAGUGCCAACAACUUAUCAAAUGGUGCCUUUCCCUGAGGCCUUCUGACCGACCAACACUUGAACAGAUUUUUGAUCAUCCAUGGAUGUGCAAGUGUGAUCUAGAGAAAUCUGAGGACUGUGAUUUAAGACUAAGGACAAUUGACACUGACACAUCGAGCACAAGUUCAAGCAACGAGAGUCUGUGAAGAUGAAACUCAGUGGGAGGUGGGGGUGUGAAGCAGAAAGUUGUGCUGCUGCUGCCAAUAACUACCGAGGAGGGACGUAAACAUUCACUACUCUAUAGUCAAAUCUUUAUACAGGAAUUUUUAUUUUCUGUCAGCAUUUUGCGGUAAUCUCCCUGGAUUGAGACUUAAUUUGGACAAGAUGAUCUGAGAGUUGUAGGCCAAUGCUUACACAAAUAGACUGACCUUAUUUACAUAAGAAAAAGCAGUGACCUCUUGAGUACAUAGUAUACUGUUUGCUCUCAUAGAGCCUGGACUAGAUUUUUUUAUUUGCUUUUGAGUGCCUUUUUGAAAGCUGCUUAAGUGGGACUUUUCUGUUUAGCGUGUGUGGGGUUUUUAUUUUUUCUUCCAUUUGGGGCUGUGUAUGUCCAAAGAAAAUCCAUUACCAUGGGCCUUGCCUGUUUUCAUAGUGCAAACAGCUCUGCCUGUAUCGGUCACAUCUAGUGACUUGGGCAAUCCAACCUUUUUAGUGGUUGAGGCAUGAUUGCUAGUAUUUAUAGACCAUUUCUCGCAAAGUACUUCAUGCAGCCUGUACUGUAAUUUUCAACAGGAAUGCAGUGGUUUUUUUCUACCAUCUCCUACAUAAUUUAUUCCACUUUCAUCUCUACCACUGGGCAACACAGGACCAUUUAUCUUCCAUUCUCCAAAACCAUGUCCUCCUGCAAGUCUUAAGUGUGUAUGGGCACGUUAAAUGCACAACCAAUGCAAUAUUCAAGGACUUUUUCUUUUUUUUUCCAUAUCUGUAUUUAAACUUGUUUUUCCCUUGUAAUAUACAGUUAUUUAUUGCGAUAUUUAGACUAUUUCUUAAUAUUUAUUUGGCUAAUUUAUUUGUCUAGAUUUUACUCAACACUGUGCUUCACACUGUUUUGAAGGCCUCUAUUACCUUUCCCAAUGGAAUCUUCUCGGAGAAGCUAACUCUGCAU